GCGGCAGGGAAGAAACUUUCUCUCAAUCCCUAUUUCUCUUUCAGCUAAAAUAUUUUAAUUUUUUCAAAUACUUGAUUGUGCAAAAUUGUGUAAUUGUUUCAAAGGUAAAACAUGGCUGCAGGAGCUGGCAACUUUCGUCCCGUGUUGAGCGCUGUGAAUAAGAUCUUCAGGUCAUACAGCGCAUUGCCAACAACUUCGACCUUAACCCACUCAAGAUCGUAUGCUAAUAUUCAAGCACCCGUUUCGAAACCAGAAGGGAAAACGACAUGCACCCUGAUUCCUGGCGACGGAGUUGGUCCAGAGAUGAUGGCCGCAAUGCAAGAAGUCAUUAAAGCUGCAGGGGCUCCCGUCGAGUUUGAACAGUACUUUUUGUCGGAUGUGCAACGACUUCUCAGCUCUAAGUUGGACGAUGUUGUCAACAGCGUUACAAAGAAUGCAGUUUGCUUGAAAGGAAUUCUUGCUUCUCCAGUAACUGGGGACUUGACAUCAACAAAUUACAGGUUCAGAUCUGAUUUGGACCUCUUUGCUAACGUGGUGCACAUUAAAAGUCUCCCAGGCAUUAAAUCGAGGCAUAAGAACAUUGAUCUGGUCAUUGUUCGGGAGCAAACGGAAGGAGAGUUUUCUUGUUUAGAGCAUGAAACUGUUCAUGGAGUUGUAGAAUGUUAUAAAAUUGUAACCGAAGAAAAGUCGCGCAGAAUUGCCAAAUUCGCAUUCGACUAUGCCACCAAACACGGCCGCAAGAAGGUUACAGCUGUACACAAGGCUAACAUUAUGAAACUGGGAGACGGUUUAUUUUUGAGGUGCUGCCAAGAUAUUGCUAAACUAUACCCGAAAAUCCAAUUUGACGCCAUGAUCAUUGACAACUGCACGAUGCAAAUGGUAUCAAAUCCUCAUCAGUUCGAUGUCCUUGUCAUGGGAAAUUUGUACGGAUCAAUCCUCGACAAUAUUGGAGCUGGUUUGGUAGGAGGAGCUGGUGUGGUCUCGGGAAGUAGUUAUUCUCCCAACGCUGUAGUUUACGAACCGGGUGCAAGACACACUUAUGCUGAAGCUGUGGGUAAAAAUGUGGCCAAUCCGACCGCGUAUAUUAUAAUGGCUGCCAAGAUGCUCAACCAUGUAAACCUUCAGUACCACUCACAAAUGAUCUUUAAAGCAUUGGAAAAAACCAUUAAGGCAGGAAAAUUUCUGACGAAAGAUCUGGGCGGGCAAUCCUCCACAGAAGAGUUUACUUAUGCCGUCAUCAAUGCCCUUACACCGUUAUCGGCAAAAUAGAGACACAAACACCCAGCGAUGCCCAUUCUUGUCAAAUCAAGCCAAAUAUUGCUUAGAUAAUAAUAUUCACGCCAAGCAAAAUCUGUUUGUCUUAGAUUUAGAAAAUAAUAUGGCACGUUUAAAGUUGGUAUAUAUACUCUUGUUUCAGGAAUUAUCGCAAGUCGAUCGAAAAUUUUGAUGAUACUUUGCAAAAACAUUGUAGAAAAUUCGAACCGUAAAAUUGAUAACUUAUUGUCAAAUCAAAAAGUAUUCUACCUUCGAAAGCAUCAAAACCUGUGUUGCAAAAAAGUCUAGUCAUAUUACACACAGCACCGCAUCUCAAAUCCUCUUAUUUAAUACUGCACCUGAACAAUAGUAUUUCCUUUCUAGCACUCUCACCGAAUUCAAAGUGCAAUUGAACCGAAACGAGUGCGUUCCUCUUUAGCUCGACCUUAAUAAGAAAUCUUUGACCUUUCACUUCCUGUCGAAAACUGUGAAGUAUCGACAAUAAUUUAAAAGCAAUCAACUCUACAAAUAAUCGUGAUGUUGUUGUCGUUUGUAGUGUCUCGUUUCAAUCACUAGUGAAAUAAUUUAUCAAUGGUGCUGUUAUCGAGAAUAAAAAAUAAUAUGUUGUAUGUAUGUAUUAAAAACGAAAUGUAGAGCAAAUUGUUAAUAAUAUGUCACGAUUUUAACUUG